ACAUUCUUAUCGACUUUCUUUUUUUUCUUUUUUGAGACAGAGUCUCGUUCUGACACCCAGGCUGGAGUGCAGUCGUGCGACCUUGGCUCACUGCAACUUUCACCACGUGGGUUCAAGCAAUUCUCAUGCCUCAGCCUCCCGAGUAGCUGGGAUUACAGGCGUGUGCCACCAUGUUCGGCUAAUUUUUGUAAUUUUAGUAUACAUGGGGGUUUCACCAUGUUGCUCAGGUUGGUCUCGAACUCCUGGCCUCAAGUGAUCCGCCCGCCUCGGCUUUCCAAAGUGCUGGGAUUACAGGCGUGAGCCACUGUGCUUGGCCUCUUGUGGACUCUUAAAGUUUAAAUAUUUCUGAGCAAGGCCUCUGCUGCCGUUAUGCUGACCUCACUGCAGGAGACUCUCUGAAGACCAGCAGGAAAGCAGUGAGCCUUUACAGGUGGCCUUCGUCGGACGUCAGAAUGAUUCCCUGCAGAGCCGCGCUGACCUUUGCCCGAUGUCUGAUCCGGAGAAAAAUCGUGACCCUGGACAAUCUAGAAGACACCAAAUUAUGCCGCUGCUUAUCCACCAUGGACCUCAUUGCCCUGGGCGUUGGAAGCACCCUUGGUGCUGGGGUUUACGUUCUCGCUGGGGAGGUGGCCAAGGCAGACUCGGGCCCCAGCAUCGUGGUGUCCUUCCUCAUUGCUGCCCUGGCUUCAGUGAUGGCUGGCCUCUGCUAUGCCGAAUUUGGGGCCCGUGUCCCCAAGACAGGGUCUGCGUAUUUGUAUACCUACGUGACUGUCGGAGAGCUGUGGGCCUUCAUCACUGGCUGGAAUCUCAUUUUAUCGUAUGUGAUAGGUACAUCAAGUGUUGCAAGAGCCUGGAGUGGCACCUUUGAUGAACUUCUUAGCAAACAGAUUGGUCAGUUUUUGAGGACAUACUUCAGAAUGAAUUACACCGGUCUUGCAGAAUAUCCUGAUUUUUUUGCCGUGUGCCUUAUAUUACUUCUAGCAGGUCUUUUGUCUUUUGGAGUAAAAGAGUCUGCUUGGGUGAAUAAAGUCUUCACAGCUGUUAAUAUUCUCGUCCUUCUGUUUGUGAUGGUUGCUGGGUUUGUGAAAGGAAAUGUGGCAAACUGGAAGAUUAGUGAAGAGUUUCUCAAAAAUAUAUCAGCAAGUGCCGGAGAGCCAUCUUCUGAAAACGGAACAAGUAUCUAUGGGGCUGGUGGCUUUAUGCCUUAUGGCUUUACAGGAACGUUGGCUGGUGCUGCAACUUGCUUUUAUGCCUUUGUGGGAUUUGACUGCAUUGCAACAACUGGUGAAGAAGUUCGGAAUCCCCAGAAAGCUAUUCCCAUUGGAAUUGUGACGUCUUUGCUUGCUUGCUUUAUGGCCUAUUUUGGGGUCUCUGCAGCUUUAACACUUAUGAUGCCGUACUACCUCCUCGAUGAAAAAAGUCCCCUUCCUGUAGCAUUUGAAUAUGUGGGCUGGGGUCCUGCCAAAUAUGUCGUCGCAGCUGGUUCUCUCUGCGCCUUGUCAACAAGUCUUCUUGGAUCCAUUUUCCCAAUGCCUCGUGUAAUCUAUGCUAUGGCGGAGGAUGGGUUGCUUUUCAAAUGUCUAGCUCAAAUCAAUUCCAAAACGAAGACACCAAUAAUUGCUACUUUAUCAUCGGGUGCAGUGGCAGCUUUGAUGGCCUUUUUGUUUGACCUGAAGGCGCUUGUGGACAUGAUGUCCAUUGGCACACUCAUGGCCUACUCUCUGGUGGCAGCCUGUGUUCUCAUCCUCAGGUACCAGCCUGGCUUAUCUGACGACCAGCCCAAAUGUUCUCCCGAGAAAGAUGGUCUGGGAUUGUCUCCCAGGGCAACCUCGAAGAGUGAAUCCCAGGUCACCAUGCUGCAGAGACAGGGCUUCAGUGUGCGGACCCUCUUCUGCCCCUCCCUUCUGCCGACACAGCAGUCAGCUUCUCUUGUGAGCUUUCUGGUAGGAUUCCUGGCUUUACUCGUGCUGGGCCUGAGUGUCUUGACCACUUACGGAGUUCACGCCAUCACCAGGCUGGAGGCCUGGAGCCUCGCUCUCCUCGCGCUGUUUCUUGUUCUCUGCGUUGCCAUCGUUCUCACCAUCUGGAGGCAGCCCCAGAAUCAGCAAAAAGUAGCCUUCAUGGUUCCAUUCUUACCAUUUUUGCCAGCGUUCAGCAUCCUGGUGAACAUUUACUUGAUGGUCCAGUUGAGUGCAGACACUUGGAUCAGAUUCAGCAUUUGGAUGGCAAUUGGCUUCCUGAUUUACUUUUCUUAUGGCAUUAGACACAGCCUGGAGGGUCAUCUGAGAGAUGAAAACAGUGAAGAAGAUGCUUAUCCAGACAAAAUUCAUGCAGCAACAGAAGAAAAAUCUGCCGUUCAAGCAAAUGACCAUCACCCAAGAAAUCUCAGUUCACCUUUCAUAUUCCAUGAAAAGACAAGUGAAUUGUAACACUUGCAGGAGCAGAGCUGGUCAUCGUCUUAGCAUACAUAUCCUACACUGAGUAAACCGUGACGGGAUGUCAUCAGCAUGCUGGGUUGUCAUGGGUUUGCUGCAUACAUAGUUCACCCUAAUUUAUACUUACUUAUCUGGACAGCAUCUCCUCAGAUGGUGGAUUAUGUGCCCGGGGAAACCUCCUGAGUGGAGGUUUCAUUCAUCAGUGAUGAAUAGCCCCCAAACAGUGGGAGUGUGUAUAUGUAUGUCUGUAUCUAUGUAUAUGCUUGGGAACAUGAGUGUUAAAAGUUAGCUGGUGUUUUACUAUUAUUGUGUUACAUUUUUCCAGUAUCGUCAUUAAUCGGUGGCAUAUACUGCACAUACUGAAAUAGAGGUAAAUCACUGAAUGUAAAGAGGUUUCGUCUCUGCCCCCUGCAGUUGGGGAAAUACUAGUAGCUUUACCUUAUUUGACUUCAUUAAUGUCAGUUUAGGGGAUGCCAAAAAUGCAGUUACUCAUCAUGGUGUCUAUCACUGGUUAGGGGUAAGAUGAGGGGAUAAGGAAAGAGCCUUUUCAGUAAGUUGUGAAUGCCAACAGUGGGUUUAAUGCAAAUUUUUUUUUCCUGUGAGAUAUGACAGUUCGCUCAAACUUCAGCCAAUAGGGGUGUCUGCUUCUGCUGCACUACACAGGCCAGGAGUGGCAUUCCAUGCCACUAGUUGGCAUCCUUUUGAACUUUUGUCUCCUUUGCAAACAGUGGUCCUAAAAUACGAGGUCUUCACUUGCUGUGAAUGACGUAUCCCCAGUCAGGGACUUAAGGGAGGCACUGUAAUCCACUUGGGACUCUUUAAAUUAAAAAAUGAGGAUAGUCACCAUGGCCAGAAAGCUCAUGGAGUGGCUGUAAUGAGAAUAUGUUUGAAGAUCAAAGAGUUAGACCAAUGCUUGAAUAAGUACACCCCAAGCAUCCUUUUCUGAAAAGUCACUUAACAUAAGCCAACAGACUCUCCCAGACCACACAACUAGUGGAAUGAUUCCUCCUUUUUUUUUUUUUUUUUUGAGACGGAGUCUCGCUCUGUCGCCCAGGCUGGAGUGCAGUGGCGCGAUCUCGGCUCACUGCAAGCUCCGCCUCCUGGGUUCACGCCAUUCUCCUGCCUCAGCCUCUCCGAGUAGCUGGGACUACAGGCACCCGCCACCACGCCCGGCUAAUUUUUUUGUAUUUUUAGUAGAGACGGGGUUUCACCGUGGUCUCGAUCUCCUGACCUCGUGAUCCGCCCGCCUCGGCCUCCCAAAGUGCUGGGAUUACAAGCGUGAGCCACCGCGCCUGGCCUCCUCCUUUUUCCAUUACUUACUUAAUCACAGUUUAGUUUUUUUCUUAACCUCGUCGGGCACACAGUUCACUUCUUUGUUUCUCUAUUUUUUUUGUUUUGUCCUAGAGAUGAGGGGGCUACAGCAGCAUCAUGCAAAGAGGGAAAAAUGAAGGGAUAGAAGAAGAGAAAAUCCGCCUGUUCUGAUAUGAACAUGCCUAUUCCAAUAUUAAAUGGCAAAUGGCCCAAUUUAAGGGCUUUGGAUCUAAUUUGCCUCUGAUGUUUCUUUUGGAGACAUUUAGGAAUGUUUUUCUCCCCCUACCCCAUAAAUUGUUUGGCACUUUUUAUUCUAUUUGCUUUCAGAUGACCACACUAAGCCUAAUAAUACAAGCUCCAGUGUUAUACAAUAACCCAUCAGUGAUUGAGGAAUCAAAUAUUUUGGUUUAAAAAACAUGAUUAUUUAAAACUGGAAACUAAAAAAAGUCAAAUUGAAUUAAAGCUAUAUAAACACAGUUACCCUUGUAAAUGAGUAAAUAAAUUUUUACAUGUAAGAUUCCCUAAUUGUUAUAUUUCACUUUUUAGGGUUCCCUAAUAGUGGACUAUUUAUUUGCAGUGUGUUUUGCUUCUCAUGAACUAUUUCUUGUUCAAAUCAUUAAAUAGUUCAUUGGAUGAGGCUGGGUGACAUUUCCCAGGACACCAUCGUGAACAUUACCAAGCAUGCUAGCUGGCCCGUGUAAUCCAAAGACAAGGAAAACAUUUGUUUUCCUCAUGGGUCUUCCAAGAAAUGAGCUAUUUUAUUGAUGCCAUUAAAAAGCAAGUUGCGAUGGUUUUUAUAGCCAAGAGUUUAUUGUGAUUAAACAUCAAAUAAACAGGUAGAAAGCCUGGGUUUCUGGCUGCUAGUGUUAUAGCAUCCAUGACACAGAACUCAUUACGGACAUUCCACAACUUCCAGGGUGCACAUGGUAAAAUCUGAAGCCCAGAAUUUUCUCUCAGGCUGCGUGGUUUACUGGAGAGAAGGAGUUGGAUAAGCACAGGAUCGGGUAUUUUGGUAGGGACUGUAGGCAUGCUCAUAAAUCCUUGCUGUUGUCACAGUACACUGAAAACCCGUUUGAUUCUAUACCGAAUCUAGAAUAGGCCCUUCACACAGGAAAUGUGAACGAUUGUUAUAUAUGAGCACUCAAAUCUUUUACUGUAACAACAUCAAGAGACUUGUUUAGAAUAUGAGGCAGCUAAAACUGUUAUGCCCACUGUGCUCAAUUUGAAGCAGAAUUCAGUGAAAAAUUAUUUUUCCACAUUGAAACACUUUACAGACACAAAUAUCUAUGAAAAGAUGCUUUGUCAGCCAUUGUGCCUUUUUUUCUGUGAAGACUCAAUGGAUGUGUGUGUUUGUAUGUAUGUUAACAGUUACGUAUGUUUGUAUGAGUGUAUAUAUAUCUGUGUGUGUGUAUCUCAAACGUCAGUGUAUAAGUAAGUUGGGUUUAUGGUGGGCUUUGACUAUAUCAUUAUGUGGGUACAAAACCCAACUGAUGUGGAGAAAAAUUGAUGUUUGAUGUUGAUAGAUAUACCUAAUUUUUAGUUUUUAAACUAUUUUAAAAUAUACUAUGAUUUUAUAUGUAUAUUUCCUAUAGAUAGACUCUUUAAGACGUAUUUAUAAUGUUUCUACUAUGAAAUCACUAAGCUCUAGUGCAUUAUAGCAGGUGCUUUGUAAUCUGGAAUGGAGAAGAGGUAGGGGCAUUUGGGGAUUCCUGUUUACUUGUUCCUGCCACACCUUUUCCGACAGAUCUGUCCUGGUAGGUGUUUAUUAGCAAAAGUCAGUAUCACCAGCUCCUUGGCACCUUUCUGUUUCUACUUUUGAAUUCAUAAUGUUUUCAACUAAAUUUUUUUUUACUUUCUCAGAAUAACCUAAAUGUUUUGUAGAGUUUUGACUAGUAAUCAAUCAAAAUUAUAUAAAGUCUUUUCCACUAAUUAAGAAAUACAUAUGCAAAUUCUUUUGUGACUGAGUAAAAGCAUCUUAAAUUACUUUUCUUUUCUACACUAAGAAAUAUAUUCUCAACAUUUUCAGUGAGAAUUUCUUGUAAUGGCACCUCAAUUUUAUACUCUUAAAAAAAAACAAUAAUUUGUGAAUUACCACCAAAAGGCAAUGGCAGUCCUACAUUUAAGAAUAGGGCUAUGCAAACUCUAUUAAAAACUAUGAGGAGAACUUAUAUUAGAACUUUUGAUAUAUACUAAAAUACUGAUUAUCUUAAUCACAUUUUCCCCAGAGAUAAACAUUGAGAGAACGAAAGCCAAAGUGUCAUUUGAGAGAGAUAUAUAUGAAAAAGUAACAUUAAUAUAUAGAACUUUACCAUCACCAGCCAUAGUUGAUAGAAAAUAUUAGUUUCAGAAUUACCCUCCUUAAAAAAAUAAGAGACUGUUUUCUUUUAAUUUCUAUGAAUAAAAGAAAUUUUUAAAAACUCUUAAAUUUUAAAUAUUAGUCAAAAUACUUUUUAAGUCCUGAGUGCUUACAGGUAGUUGUUAAAAAAAUUUUUAAGGCCAGGCAUGGUGGCUCGCUCAUGCCUAUAAUCCUAGGACCUUGGGAGGUCGAGGCAAGCGGAUCGCUUGAGCCCAGGAGUUUGAGACCAGCCUGAGCAGCAUAGCAAGACCCUGUCUCUACAAAAAAUACAAAAAUUAGCUGGGCGUGGUGGCAUGCACCUGUACUCAGAGCUAUGGGGGUGCUGAGGUGGGAGGAUCGCUUGAGCCCAGGAGAGUGAGGCUGCGUAAGCUGAGAUUACACCACUGCACUCCAGCCUGGGCUACGGUGAGACCCUGCCUCAAAAGAAAAUAAAAAUAAAACACUUUAAUUAGAAUCUAUUUUUACCAAUUUUCUUAAUUUAUUUAAAUGCUUAGCAGGAAGCAUAAGGAAAAGCCAUUAGCCUCCAAUACCCAUGAUGACAGAGGGAGCCCUUGAGCCUUGCCUUCCCUCCUCUUAAAUCAGGGUGUGUUCUGAGAUUACAAACCACAUGAUGAAAUCAUGCCAAGAUUCUGACUCUCUGUUUCCGGUGAUAUUGCUCAUGAUUUCUCCUAAUACACUUCAAGCAACUGUUACCACGAAAAAUACAGUUUUCCGCAGGGCUUUAAAGGAUUGAGUUUAGCAUGUAUAUCAGGGGUUAUUAAAGCUCACAUGAUUUGUGUGAAAUUAACUGUCCUUUUUGCUAGUGCCAAAACAGUGCCUUCUCUGCACACUUUACUUUUUUAUAAAGUUCUCCCACAUGUCCUUAAAUGUCAAGGGGGAAAGUAUGGAUAUUCGUGUAGCAAUAAUGCCAGCAAAGGUCCUUUUCAUUUUUUAGUCAUAUAGAUAUGAAAAUAAGGUUGCUUGACUUUAUUGUUUUGGGGAGAUUUUUUUUCCUUACAUGGUUAUAUUUAGACACUUUAAUAUAGCCUUCUGGUUUCUGGAUUUUGAGAAGCCUGAUCUGUUAUUGUUAUGGUUGUUGGUGUUUGUAAUAUUCAUUAUUGUUUGUAUAUACACGGUUUAGUCUUACUGAUUUCAAAUGCAUUUUGUUAUUGCUCAUCCCAACUGGUAACACUGUUUGCUGGGAGCAUUAUACUUAACUUUGAUUCACCAUGGUUGAUGCCACUACCAUGAUUGCUGGGGUCUCAAAUAGCUUUCCCUAGCCACUGACUGCCCCUUGGAGAUGAUAAUCAGGGCCCCAGGCUGGUUCCAGGGUCAGACAGCCUAUAGAGCAUGAGCAUCUAUCUAUCUGCGGCUACCCUUGUUGAGUGGGCUCUUAGACUGAUGGGGUAGGAAAGACUUCAAAUGCAAGUUAGGUAGUUUGGGCUCCUUAAUUCCAAACAUCCCAUGAGUAUAUCAAGAUGAAUAAGGACCAAGGGACCUCUGUGACUCAUGGAAGGACUGGCUGAUUCCGGAAGUAGCAUAGUGGGACCUGGUCUGCAACUUAUGCACAUGCACUGACAGCCUUGCUGUGCCACGUGUCUCACCAAAACCCAGUUGGGAAAGAGCGUCAUAUUGCCAACAGGUUGGGUUUCUCUGGCCUACACCGGAUUAAUGGGCCCUUUAUCUUUGGUGUCCCCUAGGAGUGUCCAGUUGUUUUAUUGCUUUAUUUUGUUAUUGCAGUACUUAAUAAAAAUUGUUGAUAGGGCCCAAAACCCUACAGAAAUUCUAUGUCUGUAAAAACCAACAAAGGCAUUGGACUUUUGUGAAUGUAAAGGGUUUUUUUAGUAGUAAUUUUAAAUUUAAAUGUUUUAAGUGAUCAUCAGUGUUCCUUUUUACUUAUAAAGUUGGAUUCUUUUUUAGAAUUUGUAAUAAAUAAAAACUGCUGCUUUACCACUGUAAAA